GCUAAGUUCUCUUGGUUGUACGUACAACACAAGGCAGACAGAAGCAGCUUGAUAACCAUAAGAACAUGGCAGCAGUGAAAGCAUGCAAUAUCUUGAUCACAGGAGCCAACCGGGGCUUGGGCUUAGAAAUGGUUAAGCAACUCUCUGAGGAUUCUUGUCCAAAACGCCAUAUUUUUGCUACCUCCCGUGACCCAGAUGGGCCAAAGUCUGAGGCACUGAGAGAACUGGUGAAAAAGCAUCCAAGUGUGAUCACUAUCAUACGUCUUGAUGCUGAUGAUCCAUGCAGUAUCAAAGAGUCUGCCAAGAAAGUGGGUUCUCUCGUAGGAAAGAACGGCUUGAACCUGCUUGUGAAUAAUGCUGCGAUCGUGGCAAAUGGCACCAUUCUGACCAGCCGUGUUGAGGACAUGAAAAACACCUUCAACACUAACGUGAUAGGACCCUUACUAAUCAUUAGGGAGUACCUACCUAUUCUAAAAACAGCGGCCAAAGCCAGUGGGACACCAGGCAUGUCCUGUAAUAAAGCAGCUGUCAUCAAUAUCUCCACUCUUGGAGGAUCCAUGACCAGAAUGCCGUCCCUGUACGACCAAUUCCCAGUGUUGCCAUAUUGCGUGAGCAAGGCAGGAUUUAACAUGCUGACUGUGUUGGCUGCUGUGGAGUUAAAGGUGAAUGAGAUCCUCUGCAUGGCACUUCAUCCAGGAUGGGUGAAGACUGAAAUGGGUGGAGAAGAGGCACCACUUGAACCAAAAGAAAGCGUGGAGGGAAUGCUGCGUGUCAUUGGCAGCCUUACUGAGAAACAGCACGCUGCAUUCAUGAACUACACUGGAGAAACUUUGCCCUGGUAAAACAAAAGAACCUCCCCCUUUAGAGGUCAUGAUCCAGGUCCAAACUGCCCUAUUUUAUCUAUUUGUCAAACAAGGGCACACCUAUUCAUUAGCACUUAGUUU